GCUGCUACAAAAUGCCUUCAGCAAGAGCACUCACACUGGCGUUGCUGGCGCUGUUGGCGCUGGCGGGGAGGCUAGCAGCGCACCAAAUGCCAACGACCCAGCUGCUCUAUGCCAGCUUUUCAGAAACAGGAGACCCAAUCCUGAGCAGCUCCGCCUCGCCCCAAGACUGUGCUCGGGCCAGCUACUUUCCGGGCGUCAAUGAAACGGGCUGGGCAGAUCUCACGGUAGAAGCCCUGACUGGAGUUUGCAACUCGUCUGAGGCUGCCUAUGCCAUGGGUCUGCUUGAGGGUGCCUUAAGUCAACCCCUGAUCUACGACGCCUUUCUCAACUUUGAAGCCUCCAACGGCUACCUGGACAAGGGCCACCUCCCCUCGAAGCUGCAGGCUUUUGUCGAUGCUCAGCUGAAGUACAUUUCAGACCAGUGGAGCCGCAAUCCGGCCGAUCCCUUCUGGCGACAAGCAGGGCAUCUGCUUGCGCAGGCUCGGGGUGUGCAAGAUGGAUACAUGCUGACUGCUCCACAGCAGCAGCAGUUGCAACCAGAUCAAAUUUUGAUUCUGACUUUGGCCGGGGACCUGGAGGACUUGGCUUCAGCACUCGUCGAUUAUGUGGCGCCUCUCCACAACGAGUUCCCGGAUUACGAACACAUGCAUUGCUCUGGUUUGGUGAAACUUACGAUAAGUCGCGACGACCUUUUCACGGGCCACACUACUUUCAACGCGUACUGGUGCAUGUUGCGCAUCUACAAGCAUUACAUUGUUCCGGGUGUUCCGGGCAACGUGGUGUCCUUCAGUUCACGUCCAGGCGAUUUGCACAGCAAGGAUGACUAUUUCCAGACCAGCGCCAACCUCACGGUGAUUGAAACCUCCCUGACAGUCUUCAACAAGAGUCUAUACAACACACUUCAGCCCAACUCGGUCCCUUGCUGGAUGCGCAGUCAGUUAUCCCUGACCAGCAGCACGUUUGGCGGCCUUCCCCAGAUUGCCAAUCGUCUGGCCACAAGCAGUGAUACAUGGAUGGAGUUCUUUGCUCGAGAGAACAGCGGCACGCACAACAACCAAUGGAUCGUGUCCAACUACAAUCUAUUUACGCCGGGCACGGAUCUGCCAGCUCACGCCGUGAGUAUGCUGGAGCAAAUGGUGGCCGUUAUUGAAACGUCGGAUCUGAGUGCUGUCAUUAACCAAGAGGGGUACAUCGCUUCAUACAACAUUCCCCGUUCGCCCGUCAUUUUUGAGAUUUCUGGCUAUGCGGCACAAGGCUACAGCUAUGAAAACGACACGCGGGCUCGCAUCUUCCGACGCGAUCAGCAUACGGUGACCUCAUUGAAUAGCAUGAGUGCACUGCUGAAUGCCAAUGACUACGAGAAUGAUCCCUUGGCUCGAGGCGAUCCUUGCAACCAAAUUUCAGCCCGAUGCGAUCUGCCCAAGGCAGGCAACGCAAGUGGCAAUCCGUAUGCAUUUGGCGGCAUCGACUGCAAGGUCACGGGUCGUGCCCAGGUUCUGCAGCAGGAAGCACGUGUUGCUGGUGCUCCAAGCCACGCUAUUCAGCCUGUUUUUGCAUUUACCCCCGAAUGGUCGAGUGUGGCCCACGCGGGUAUGCCCACGCAGUUGAAUUUUACAUUUCGUCAGGUCACACCUGCCUCGUGGGCGUCGGAGAGCGCGUCCACUGCACCGGGCCACUUGGUCGAUCGCCAGCCCCAGGCCUCCACAGAUCAAGAAUGA